AUGUCCAACUCAAUGAAUGAAUUAAUACGUGAGAUUGAGAGCGGCGAACGAUUUUCUACGUCGUCCGGAGAUGAACGGCGUGCGAGUAUAACCAAUGGAAGUCGUAACGGAGCAGAACAGGGAUCGACUCCUCUUUCUUCCACAAUCAUAUCUGCCAUAAAUAACCUGACCAUAGAUGAGAAUUCUGACGAUGGAUUAACUGAUGAUGAAAUGACUUCAUUUAGCGAAGCUAAUUCGUUUCGUAGACCGUCACAGUCAAUGUCAUCAUCCUCGGGUAAUCCAUUAGCAAUAUCUCCUGAAGCAGUAGUCGCUCCAGCCGAGAAUUUGCGGACCAUUGUUGUUGAUCGAUCGACAGGACAAAUUGAAAAUUACCGGCUGCUCAAGUCACGAGAGUCGAUGACUGAUGAAGAAGUCAUGGAUUUCAUAAUGAAUCUCCAAGAAUCUAUUGCCAAGAUUAGUAAAGCAAUGGCAAUAAGUAACGUAACCGUCUCUGCGAGUAUGCCUGUUCCGCAGGGCAAGAAAGUUCUUUGUAAGAUAACAAGAAAAACAGAUGGCAUCGGGAAAUUUUAUCCGUUAUAUCAAUUGUACGUCGAGGAUCCUGUCGAUGAUACCAGAACGUUCAUGCUUUCCGCCAGAAAACGCAAGAAUAGUAAAAGUUCGCACUAUGUCAUUGCUUCUACGCGGACAAUAGAUAAUAGUCCAUCUCAAUCAGUUGUUGGGAAAGUAAGGUCCAACUUUCUCGGGACAGCAUUUGCAAUAUAUACAAACGGCCGAAACCCGCUAAAACGAGAGCCAGAGUUGGCUCAUUUACCAAUAAGAGAAGAAUUGGGUGCUGUUGUUUACGAUCCGAACAUAUUGGGAUUUAAAGGCCCACGAAAGAUGACCGUUCUCAUGACAAGCAUGACAAAGAACGGAACGAGACCUGAUUUUCGUCCGGAAAGGGAAGAAGAUACACUAAUUGGAAAAUACAGAAACGGAAACGAUCGAGAUAUUCUGGUGCUUCAUAAUAAAUCACCUCAAUGGAAUGAAGAGACGGAAUCGUAUGUUCUUAAUUUUAAUGGUAGAGUUACUUUGGCGUCAGUGAAGAACUUUCAAAUUGUGCAUGAUAACGAUUUGGAUUACAUUAUAAUGCAAUUUGGUCGGGUAUCAGAUGACACAUUUACGAUGGACUUUAUGUAUCCGAUUUGCCCAUUACAGGCAUUCGCAAUUGCCUUGACUAGCUUCGAUGGCAAACUCGCAUGUGAAUAG